CUAUGUUCCUCAGCUUGCAGAGCUCAUUUACGAAGGAAACAAAGCGGCAUCAAAGGAUUCUUAUAUUAAGCUCAAGGGUUUCAUGAUUGGGAAUGCUGUAAUAAACGAUGAAACGGAUCAAAUGGGGAUGGUGGAGUAUGCAUGGAGCCAUGCCAUUAUUUCAGACGAACUGUAUUCUGCGGUCACGAAAGACUGCAACUCCUUUAAAGAAGAAGAUGAUGAUGGCCAAAAUUCAAGCAGCGUACGUGCCUGUUCUCCUGCAGUCAAGGCCUUCAUGCAGGCUUACUCAGAUAUUGAUAUCUACAGCAUCUACACUCCUGUCUGCCUCUCGUCUCUUGAAGAAAGAAGAUCGAGAAAAUCUAAGCUCGUUGCAGCUCCUCGCCUUUUCUCUCAGCAUGAGCUUUGGCAUGGGAUGAGAUGGGGGUUGGCGUCAGGAUAUGAUCCAUGCACAGCAGACUAUGUGGAGAAGUACUUCAACAGAGAGGAUGUCCAAAGGGCUCUUCAUGCAAAUAUCACUCAUCUCACCUAUCCCUAUACUCCUUGCAGGUAUUUAUGCUUUGUAUCAACAAAGAUAACCUUUUUUUAUUCAGAAUUUAAAUUAUACAAAACACUCUUGAAUUAUAAAUCAGAUAAAGCCCUCUAAACUUUCAAAGUACACCGAAUACCCUAAAAUGUUGGAAAAAUUCAGGCUUGUUUAAUACAAUUUU